UUAUAGCUAUGCAUUUAUUGCUGCACGCAGCAUAUUCAUUCGCAUAGCUGUCUCUAUAUGUAUAUGUAUAUGUAUAUGCAAGACGGUUACUCCCACGCCCAGCCCAUGCUCCAUUCCAUUGCACAUCUCAAUUUCAUUUUCAAAUCGACCAUUCCCACGCGCUAAAUCUCUUUCGGAGAUGGUGAAUCCACGCUGCUUCUUGGAUAUCAGCAUCGCCGGCGAACUGGAGGGCAGAAUGGUGGUCGAGUUGUACAAGGACGUCGUGCCAAUAACCGCCGAGAAUUUCAGAGCUCUCUGCACUGGAGAGAGAGGCCUUGCCUCCGUCACCGGCGUUCCUCUCCACUACAAGGGUUCACGCUUCAGUAGUAUUAUCAGAGGUUUUAUGGUGCAAGGGGGUGCAAUUUCUGACGAAAAUGGCUCGGUUGGUGAAUCCAUUUACGGAGCGACGUUUGAUGAUGAAAAUUUUGAGCUAAAACACACAAGGAAAGGGAUGCUAUCAAUGGCCAAUAAUGGUCCAAAUACCAAUGGGUCACAAUUUUCAAUUCUAACAACCCAGGCCCCACAUCUAGAUGGGAAGUGUGUUGUCUUCGGUAAGUUGAUAAAAGGAUUUGGAGUGCUACGUGCAGUAGAGUAUCAAGCAGUAGCGGAUGAUUACUGCUCAACUGCUGAUGUUGUGAUUAUCGACUGUGGAGAAAUUCCAGAGGGAGAGGAUGAUGGGACAAUUGAUUUCUUUAAAGAUGGUGAUUUAUACCCUGAUUCACCGAUGGACCUUGAUGCUAAACCUGACAGUUACUCAUGGGUACUUUCUGCAAUAGAAUCUAUCAAAGUCAUUGGGAAUGAGCAUUAUAAGAAAAAAAACUACAAGAUGGCUAUAAGAAAGUAUCGUAAGGCCAUCAAAUAUCAGGAUUUGUGCUGGGAGAUGCCAGAUCUUGAUCAAGAGCAGAGUGAACAACUAAGGAAGAUAAAGUCGCAAAUACUUACAAACAGCUCUAUGUGUAAGAUGAAGUUAGGUGAUCUUGAUGGGGCAUUGCUAGAUGUAGAAUACGCAAUUCGUGAAACAAAAGACUAUGCAAAAGCUUUUUACCGUCAAGGCCAGGUAUAUAUGUCACUGAACAACAUUGAUGCAGCUGUUGAAAGUUAUCAAAAAGCAUUAGAAUUGGAACCAAAUGAUGGUUGCAUAAAGAAAGAGCUUGCUAUUGCGAAGAAGAAGAUUGCUGAUAGAGUUGACCUAGAGAAAAAAGCUUUCUCGAAAAUAUUUCAGUAAAUGGGAAUUUUCACUUGUUAUUGGUGACUUGAAGAAUGAGUUUAAUUCCUUGGUCAUGCUGUAGAUGCUGUUUCUUUGAGUGGAAAUCAAGACUGCAUUAUGAACUGAAAUUUUGGCAUAGUUGUGGUACAUAGCAGUAUAAUCAUGGAAGCAAAAAAGACUUCUAAGAAAAGGAAUAUUUUUGAAGAGAGGAGAGAUUACACCAUUCUUUACGUUGUGGUUCAUUUAAAGUACUUCGUUAACCUUCGUAUAAUGGAAGUCUUUAUCCUGAAAAACUUUAAAUCCUUCUUUACUUGAAAGCUAUGGUAGUUUUUGGGGUUC